AUGCUAAAUAGGCCAGAAUCAUAUGUGCCGAAAAAUAUGGCACAACCAAGAAUGGCUACCGGUACCCUCAAUGUACCUGUAGCUGCGACCCAAGUUUUUAGGAGACAAAAUACCACAAGCCGAAUUAUGGGACAAAACUAUCAGACAGCACAACCACAAUUCAAACCAACACCUGGUACCAGAGUACCAAUGAUGAUGCCCAGAAGAGCAACCACCAAUGUCAUCACUUAUUCAGCAGGGAUCACACCACGGGAUGCAAUGCAGACCAAAUCACCAAUCUCCAGGAAUAAUGUAAUGACCAAAAAGACCGUUGUAUUGCCACAAACAAGACAAAAAACUAAUCCAAUACCUAACAGGGUUAUAGUAGCUGACAAGUCACCAGCAGCUAUGCCAAGACAGGGAACUGGAAUAACACGUAACAAUUUUGUACCGAGCUCAUAUGUAUCAAAGGUAUAUCCCACAUACAAUCCGGCACAACAAGCUGCAACUCCAAACAGAAUACCGACAACGCCAAUAUUACAACAAUCUAGAGCUAGUAAAGCUUUGUUUCAACCAAAUGAACAAAGAAUUUUCCAUGCGCAACCAAGACUAACAAACCAUGUUGCAUUCAAAGGAAGAAACCAAAAUAAAGGUAAUUCUGCACAAAGGAAACCCUCCGUUUUCAACGAUGUAGUCAACAAAAUCAAGGAACACGCUUCGGCGCUACCGACCAUUGAGGCUAAAGAAGCUGCGCAACUUGUAGGAGGAUUCGUAUCAGGGACCAUAAGCGUACUUGCACAUAUAGUAGGAGAUAUAAGGGGGGACAUCAUAAACGGAUUAUUCAAGCCUGAGGAUCCCAGCUAUGAUGCCGCCAAGGCAUAUUAUUACUCCUCAAACAACCACCCCUCAAUACCAACUGGUAUGACACAACGCAUUGACUACAUCGAAGAGAUCGAGAAAUGUUCACGUGCUCGUUCGAAUAGCACGAAACCACAACAAACAAGGAGACCUCAACAACAAAUGUAUCCGCAACAAAGACGUACACCAGAACCGACAAAUCAACCCAUGUAUAAAUACCAACAAUACAUGCCUCAACGGGAACAACAACCUACAACGUUUGGGCAAGACCCGAACAUGUUCUCCAUGAUGUCAGAACGCACUUUAGAGGAGUUUCUACUCAAUGAUGGAUACCUCAACUCUGCGCCACCCUCAAUUCCCAGGUAA